AUAUGUAAUGAACCAAAAGGUAAAUCCAUUUGGAAAUCGUCUCAAUUAGGGAUUUUGGGAUUUUGCUUGGGAUGCAAUUUUUCUUGGGAAAGAAAGAGAAGCCGUAGAAGAUGGGGACCAUGUGAAUGUCAAAAAGAGUAGAAGGUUGUAUUUAGGGUUUAUCUACAGGGAGAUGAAGUAAUUUGAUUAGUCAAAAGAUUUCAUAAGAUGCCCUAAUCACUCUUUCACACCGACCAAAAGGUAAAGCACAAGAAGAAGAAGAAGAAGAAGAAGAAGAAGAAGAAGAAAAAGAAGAUGAACAAGAUGUUCCCCCUAAAGCUGGUUCGUUCUCUUCUCUUGGGAGAAACCCUAAAUUCCCAUCAUUUCACUCACUCCCAUCACUACAAGCAGGAUAGCGAUGACGAUGAUGAUGAUGGCGGUUCUUCCAAUCAUUCCCCUCAGGAACCAACUAAAACUAAGAAAUCCAUCAAUAAAACCAGGACGCCAUUGCUCUUCUUCCUCCCAACCAGAGAGCUUGUUGCAGACACCUAUAGAUUAGCCACCAUUGCAAGAGAUAUGGGUAUGGAUUUAUACCCUACUCCCUCUCUUUCCCACAUCGUUUUCUCCUACCCACCGUCCACGUCCUCUUCUUCUUCCGCGUCAGCUUCACCGUUGUCGUCGUCGUAUCCAUCAUCGUGGUCGACUCUGUCGCUUUCGUCGUCACUGUCGUGGUCUCUGCCAAACGAUGCCGUUUUACUCUCCUUCCCUUCCAUCUCUGCUUCCUCUCUCUCCCAUCUUCGCUCCUUCGUUUCACUCUCAAAAGGGCUUUUCAAGCUGGUUUUCUUUACCCCAAAUAAACCGACGAAUGGGGCAGAAUUUGAGAUUCCUAGUGGCAAUUGGAAUUGCUGCUCUAUAUCUCUGUUCUCACGGUUAACGGGUGAUCGAAUUAAUUCCAUGGAGGCGUUUUCUCGGGCUUUGGCUGGGAUGGGAUGGACCCUUUUUAAGACCAAGAAGAAUCCAUCUGUAGAUUCUGGUAGCAGCAGGCUUUCCGGUGCCAAUUCUUUCUAUCUGUUCAGGAAAGUGGAACCGGGUCGAGUUCGAGCCAGGAGAGGAAAUGGGGAGUGUAGGGUUAGGGAGCUGAGGUUGCCUGCACUUGAUUUUAGGAACGCCCCGCUGAGGAUUUUGCAGUAUGUGGUCCUGAUGACUGAUGAUGUCUUCUUUCUCGCCUAAAUUGGGUUUGCUGUUGAAGAAAAUUGAUAUGGUGACCAAAAGUCAUGAAGACAGACAGCAGAAAUGUGGUCUGCAAUUUGUACAUUACCUCUGUAUGUAUAGCUCUUCCUCCAAGUUUUGAAGCAAAGACUAACAAAAAUGUCGUUUGUAAAUGUCUUCCAAAUGCUUAUGCCAAAAUACGCGGAAAGUGAAAACCAGUGAUACCGAUAUAGCAACGAAGUUUUGAGAUUAAUCAAAUUUAUAGCUUGCUGCCUUGACCGGAUAAUAUCAUUGUAUGAAAUCGGGAUGGUUUUUUUUUUUUAAAGGAAAAUGAUUAGUAGUUGCAGAAGUUUCA